UCUUACUCCUACCAAUGGAUAUUAACAAAAGAAGCUCAAACAAGGCUUGUGCAUCUUGCAAAUUUCAAAGAAGAAAGUGUUCUAAAGAUUGUCCUUUAGCUCCUUAUUUUCCAGCCAAUAAACCAAAAACUUUUAGCAAUGCUCAUCGUUUGUAUGGUGUUUCCAGCAUUUCAAAAUUACUAAAACGCAUAAACAAUGAUAAAAAAGAUGAAGCAAUGACGUCAAUUAUUUAUGAGUCCAAUAUUCGUUCUAUGUUUCCAAUUUAUGGAUGUACCGGUGUUAUUAAUAUUCUUCAAGGUAAGUUACAUAAUGCCAGGUUAGAAUUAAAUUAUAUACAAAAUUUACUAAAUAUUUGUAAGCAAAAUUACGCUUCACAACAACAAAAUCUUCUACCAAUGGGUAAUAAUUUUAUUUCGAUGCCUUCUACUAGUUGCCAAAUUCCAAAUGAUCCAAUAUGUAACAAUAUUGGUGAUCGAUCUUAUUUUUACGACAAUAGUGAAAAUAAUAAUUUUAUGCUUAGUCAUAUCAUCCCUAAUGAUGUUAACAAUAUUACUUCCAUUGAUUCAAAAAAUGAGUUGGAAGUGAAUGUUGAAACGGGAGUGAGUGGUGUAUUUAGCAAUGGUGCUGACAUUCAACUCAUGGAGGAAAAUUCUAAUUUGAUGGCAACACAAGGAGAUUUGGAACAUAAUUAUUUUGGUGUCGAUGUCCAAAGUGCAUAUGAUGAUUAUGAUACAGAAUUGAGUAGGUUGUUUCAUGGUGAACAACAUCCACCAAUUACGCCAAAGGAUGCACCUAAAUCGUCCAGUGUGGGGUCAGGUGAACAAGAACUUGAUAAAAAUAGCAAGCAUGGGGACAAAUGAUUCAUCUUAAACGAGGAUAUAAUAUAAUUUGUAUUUUUUUUCUUCAUUUUUGACCCAGUUUAAU